CGAAGUGGAUGGCUUCCAGCUGUGGCCCGGCUUUCCCUGUCCUCCUUUCGGUCAAGGCGGGAGGUAGAGGUGCCUUGUCACUGAAGACAACAGGCCGCCUUCUUUCGUGCCAGCCCCUGCCAAUACUUUUCUGGAGAUAACGCUUUUCUGGGGGAUGCUCAACAAAGGUAUUCAGUCUCCUGAUUCAGUCAUGAUAUAUUAAUGAGAAGACCUCUGAUGAGUUUUGGCUCUGGAUGUCUUAAUCUGUGGUGUUGAAGAGAGAGUACAAGGAAUGGAGCUGGCUCAUAGCUUGCUACUUAAUGAAGAAGUGUAUAAGCAGCUUGGUGAAUUUCAGAAAGCUGAGUUUGUUUUUGAGUGGUUACAGUUUUUGGAGAAACUCCUACCAGUGACUGACAGAGCCGAUAUACGGGAAAAACAGAAGAAACUGGUUGACCAGCUGACAUCUUUGUUGAAUAGUUCACCAGGGCCUCCUACCAGAAGGCUCAUUGCCAAGAAUUUUGCUCUACUUUAUAGCACUGGAGAUACUUUUUCUGUUUACCAGACAAUUGACAAAUGCAAUGAACUCAUUCGGAGCAAAGAUGAUUCACCAAGUUAUCUACCCACAAAACUUGCUGCAGUGGUAUGCUUGGGCUAUUUAUACAAAAAGUUGGGUAGAAUCUUGGGAAACAGCUUUACAGACACCAUAGGAAAUGUGCUGAAGGCAAUGAAGAAUGCAGAGUCUCAAGGUCGUUAUGAGAUCAUGCUUAGUUUGGAAAAUAUAUUGAAUGGUUUAGGAGCUGCUGCUAUCGCAUGUCAUAGAGAUAUUUACAAGGCUGCCCGCUCAUGCUUAACGGAUCGAUCUAUGGCAGUCCGCUGCGCUGCUGCAAAGUGUCUUCUUGAACUUCAGAAUGAGGCAGUUUUUAUGUGGAGCACAGACCUGGAUAGUGUUGCAACCCUAUGCUUUAAAUCCUUUGAAGGUUCCAAUUAUGAUGUGCGAGUAGCAGUCUCAAAACUUUUAGGCACAAUACUGGCUAGAGCUGUAACAUCUAAACAGGCAACAGCAUCUGCCAGGCCAAAUGUUCGCAAACUCUCUCUGGAAGAAGCCAUGGAACUACUGGGAGCAGGUUUUCUUCGUGGGAGUUCUGGAUUUCUACGAGCCAGCGGUGAUAUUCUGAAAGGGACAAGCUCAAUCAGCAGGGAUGUUAGAGUUGGAGUUACUCAGACUUAUGUGGUGUUUGUUUCCACAUUAAGAGGGCAGUGGCUUGAAAGGAAUAUCUCUGCCUUCCUUUCGCAUGUCCUAGAUCUAGUGUCUCAGGCUCACCCCAAAGUUUAUCAAACUCAGAUGGAUGCUAUCUGCUGUCGCCGCUGUGUUUCAUUUAUCCUUCGAGCUACCAUAGGAGGCCUUCUUGGGGAAAAAGCUCAGAUUGCAGCUGCCAAGGAGAUUUGUCAGGCCAUCUGGAAGAUGAAGAAAGUUGUGGAUGCUGUAACAAGUGACAGUAAUUUGGAAACACGGAUUGGUACAACGGAUAUAACAGUAAGCCAACAUGUGCUUGUCUGUGCAUUACAAGAGCUUGGGAGUCUUAUACAUGGCUUAGGAACUACUGCUGCACCAUUGUUACAAGAUUCCAGUACAGGAGUUUUGGAUACAGUAAUUUCAGUCAUUCUUCACCCUAGUGUCUCGGUUCGUCUCACAGCAGCUUGGUGUUUACGCUGCAUUGCUGUAGCUUUGCCAUCCUAUGUGUCGCCACUUUUUGAUCGCUGUGUUGAGCGUCUUAGUGCCCUUAAGUCUUCUCCAGAAGCAGUGACCGGAUAUAGCUUUGCUACUGCUGCCUUGUUGGGAGCAGUAAGAUACUGUCCUUUGGGUAUUUCACAUGGAAAAGGGAAGGUAAUCAUGACAGUAGCAGAGGAUUUACUGUGUUCAGCUUCUCAGAAUAGUCGCAUUGCAAUGCAGCGAACACAGGCUGGAUGGCUCCUGAUAGCUGCCCUCAUGACAUUAGGUCCUGCAGUAGUCCAGCAUCACCUUCCAAGAAUACUGUUACUAUGGAAGUGUGUUUUUCCUCUAUCUCCGAAAGAUCUAGAAACAGAGAAGAGUCGAGGAGAUUCGUUUACAUGGCAGGUUACAUUGGAAGGCCGUGCUGGUGCUCUCUGUGCUAUCAAAAGUUUUGUUUCGUAUUGUGCUGGUCUGCUUACAGAUGAAGUAAUUCAGAGACUUCUUCCUCCUCUCCCAUGUGCUGUUGAUUUAUUGACACAGCUUCCUUCAUUAUGUAAAUUGUAUGGAAAUCCUUUAAGAACCUCUUCAGUUGUUUACAGGCUCAAACUUUAUGAAUUAUUGGCUGUUCUGCCCCCAAAGACCUAUGAAGGAAACUUCACUGCUGUUCUGAAAGAGCUAGUAGCUGACUUGACUGCCCCUGAUAGUCAAAUGGAUGCUUCUACAGUCUUACUUCCUCCUCUUUGUCACCAGGAUGAUAUUCUUUUACUUGGCCCUUUAUUGCAGGAGACUGACCACAGAUUUAUUGAAGAUCAGCUCGUCUUAGGUAACAGUAUAGCUGGAGGAAGCCUGGAAUAUGACCCUUAUUCAGUUUAUGAUAAAGUUGCAGAAGGUGAUUCAGUGCCUAAACCCCUGCCUCCAACAAUAUUGGUUAUCAGUGCAGCAGCCCAUCUCUUUGGAGCUAUAUUUUCCCACACAGCAGAAUCUCAGAGGCUCCAAGUAUUAGAACAACUGUUGGAUUCCAUAAAGCAAACAAAAGGUUCACGACAGCAGAUAGUGCAAUUAAAUGUUGUUUCUGCAUGUUCUAGUUUUCUGAAGCACUUGGCAAGCUGCAAAGGAAGUUUAGGUCCAGAAGAAGUUAAAAAAGCUGCACUAACCUUAGUAAUGGGUGCCCUGGAAAGUAGUAACCCACUUUUAAGGUGUGCUGGUGCAGAAUCUUUGGCCAGACUGGCACAGGUGGUUGCUGACAUUGCCUUCACUGCAGGAUUGGCCCAAGUUAGUUUUGACAAGCUAAAAUCUGCUAGGGAUGUGGUGUCAAGAACAAGUCAUUCUUUGGCUCUUGGAUGUUUGUAUAGAUAUUUAGGCGGAAUAGUCUCUACACAACAUCUGAAUGCAUGUGUUGGAAUCCUUUAUACGUUAUCUCAGGACAGUACUUCUCCAGAUGUACAGGCUUGGGCACUGCAUGCUCUAACGCUGAUAAUAGAUUCAGCCGGUCCUUUGUAUCAUGUCCAUGUGGAACCUACCCUUUCCCUUGUUCUCAUGUUGUUGUUGACUGUACCUCCAGCUUAUGCUGAAGUUCACCAAAGCCUUGGUCGCUGUUUAAAUGCACUUAUCACCACAUUGGGUCCUGAGUUGCAAGGCAGUACUACCACAGUUUCAGCCUUAAGAACUUCCUGUCUCCUGGGCUGUGCAGUGAUGCAGGAUAAUCCUGACUGCCUCGUUCAGGCUCAAGCCAUCUCUUGCCUUCAGCAGCUUCAUAUGUUUGCACCACGACAUGUCAACUUGUCUAGCCUUGUCAGCUGCCUAUGCGAGAUCUUGUUGGAUAAUUCUGUGUUGGUGAAUUUCUGUAGCUCCUACUUACUGUUGAGGCGAGCAGUACUAGCUUGCUUGCGCCAGCUUGCGCAAAGAGAAGCAGCUGAGGUAUCAGAACAUGCUGUUGCCUUUGUAAAAGAUAACAGAGAAGACUUCACUCCAGACAUUAACAUCAGAGAAAUAGGUCUGGAGGGGGCAUUGCUGAGCUUGCUGGACAAAGAAGUGGAUCAAAGAUUGUGCCAAGAUAUCAGAGAGACCCUGAGUCAUAUGCUUACAUCGAUGGCAGUUAAAAAGCUUUCUUUCUGGCUGAAGCUUUGUAAAGAUGUCCUUGCUUCCUCAGCAGAUUUCACUACAGUAGCUUCAGUUGAUACAACCCAAGAAGAGGAGGUAGUUAAAGGGGAUGAUGAAUCAGUGUUAACCUCCAAGAGUGAUGAGACAUCCCAUCCCUUCACUAAUCCACGGUGGUCUACUAGAGUUUUUGCUGCAGAGUGUGUUUGUAGAAUUAUCAGCCAAUGUGAAAAUGCAGGCAGUACACAUUUUGACAUAACUUUGGCUCAAGAAAGGAAACAAAGAGAUUCAAGAGAUGACUUUUUAGUAUUGCAUUUAGCUGACUUGAUCCGCAUGGCUUUUAUGGCUGCCACAGAUCACAGUGACCAGCUUCGUCUCUCUGGGCUUCAGACAUUGUUAAUUGUUGUUCGGAAGUUUGCAGCUGUUCCAGAACCAGAAUUUCCAGGUCAUGUAAUUCUGGAGCAAUAUCAAGCUAAUGUUGGAGCAGCACUUAGACCUGCCUUCACCCCAGAAACCCCACCUGAUGUCACAGCAAAAGCAUGUCAGGUUUGCAGUGCCUGGAUCGCAAGUGGCGUAGUAAGUGACCUGAAUGACCUUCGAAGGGUUCAUCAGUUGCUUGUAUCAUCCUUGACCAAAAUACAGGCUGGAAAAGAAGCACAGAGUCAGUUAUACAAUGAGAGCACCUCAACUAUGGAGAUAUUGGCUGUGCUUAAAGCUUGGGCAGAGGUUUACAUAGUGGCAGUUGAAAGACAAAAAAACCAAAGUGGUGGAUACAAACAGUCCUUGAAGAUCACAGAUUCCACUGAUGAAAGCUAUAGUGAUGCAACUUCUUCUGCCAAUGGACUUCUAGACCUGGUCCAGGCAGACCUCGGAACAUUAAGCAAACUUUGGCUUGCCGCGCUUCAGGAUUUUGCUCUCUUAACUUUACCUUCUGAAUAUGCCUCUCAGCUUCCUGUUGAAGGUGGGGCAUUCUAUACUGCAGAGACUAUUGAAAAUGCAAGACCACACUAUCAGAACUCCUGGGCUCUAAUCCUUUACGCUACAGCAUUAUGGCUCACCAGCACAGGUUUCAUUGUAGUAGAUCCAGAUGAAGGUCUAACUAAUCUCUCCCGACCCGUCACUCCAACUACAAUGUGUCAAGAUUCUUCCUCCAGGGCUGCAGUGAAAUCUCCUGAGGAUGUGAAUACUGACAGAUUUCAUCUUAUCUUGGGGAUUAGUGUAGAAUUUCUCUGCUCCCCUGGAUCAGAUGCAGCAAUGGAGAACAUUACUGCAUGCUUACAUGCUCUACAGGCAUUGCUUGAUGUUCCUUGGCCUAGAGCUAAAGUAGGUGGUGAUCAGGAGCUGGGUGUAGAGCUGUUGAAUGUUUUGCAUCGACUGAUAUUAACCAGAGAAUUGCCUGACAUUCAGCUUGCUGCUCUUGAAGUGGUCCGACAGAUUCUUUUUGCAUCUCAGGAACAUGUGAGGGAAAAACGCAGAAGUGCAGAAGUUGAUGAUGGUGCAGCAGAAAAGGAGACAUUGCCAGAAUUUGGAGAAGGAAAAGAUACGGGAGGCCUGGUGCCUGGAAAGUCAUUGGUAUUUGCAACGCUGGAGUUGUGUGUUUGCAUUCUUGUGAGACAGCUCCCCCAGCUCAACCCUAAAUUAACUGGUAGCUUCGCAGUUAAAGAUGGAAAGCCUCAAUUAUUGUCAGAGAAUGGAAGCAAAUUGGUAUCGGCAGCAUUAGUUAUCCUCUCCGAUGUUCCUGCUGUCUGCUCUCCUGAAGGAAGUGUUUCGGUUCUCCCUACUAUCCUGUAUCUAAUUAUUGGAGUCCUCAGAGAAACUGCUGUGAAAUUGCCUGAUGGCCAGUUACCUGUGACAGUUACUGCAUCUUUGCAAGCUCUUAAGGGGCUUUUGUCUUCUCCUAUGGCUCGAGCAGAGAAGAGCAAAACUGCUUGGACUGAUCUUCUCCGUAGUGCUUUAGUCACGGUGCUUGACUCUUGGGAUCCAGUAGAUGGAGUUCUCCAAGAAUUUAAUGAAGUUGGCCUGCUUACUGCCAUUACAGUAUUUAUUUUGUCUACAAGUCCAGAAGUUACUGCCAUAGAGUGCCUUCAAAAGCGUUGUAUUGAGAAGUUUAAGUUAGCACUUGAUUCAAAAGAUCCUGUAGUACAGCUUAAGUGCUACCAGCUGCUGCAUUCCAUCUUUCAGCAUCCAAGCAGAGCUAUCUCACAUCCUUACAUUCAUUCUUUGGCAUCAUCCAUUGUGGGGAAAUUGCAGGAAACAGAGAAAACAAAACCAGAGAAUUUUGCUGAACUUCAAGUAGUUCAAGAAGGAAUAAAGGUCGUAACAGCUCUUACAACUAUGGCAGAGGAAGAGCAUCGUACUCAUUUAGUGGCCUGUCUCCUGCCCCUUCUUAUUUCCUUUCUUAUGGAUGAGAAUGAACUGGUAUUAGCCACAAACUCAGCAAGAAAUCUACACGAGUUUGCACUGCAAAAUUUGAUGCAGAUUGGUCCACAAUAUUCAUCAGUUUUUAAAAAACUAAUGGCUUCUUCUCCAACUAUGAAAGCCAGACUUGAAUCAGCUGUAAAAGGCAAUCAGGAAAGCAUCAAAGUCAAGACAACAUCUAAACAUGUGAAGAAUCCUGGGAAAAGUUCAAGCAUUCAGCUAAAGACAAAUUUUCUUUAAAGUCACUUAUUUAAAUCUUAUGCACUUCGAUGCUGCAAAAAAAUCCCUUUUCAUUUCUAGUAGGGAAGGGCUGCUUUCAAUUUUAGCUCAGUUCAAAUUUAAAAGCCAGCUAAUUUUUUUUUUUUAAUUAAAUUCUUUACAGAUUGCUUUCCAUUUAAUAUAAUAGACUUUUGAAACUCAUCUGACCACUGUGUAAACCUUAUCAAAGGUUACAUAAUUUGUAUCUUUGCAUUAGUAAACUACCAGGAAUGCACCUUACUUGCAGAUUUGGGUUAACAUAGAAAAAAAUAAAGACCUUUAACACAGCUAUGUUUAGGAGCCACAUCCUUAGUCAUUAAAUAAAAGAUUUUUUUGUUUUAAACAAGUAUGAUCAAUAACAAGUUAAUAUGACUGUUGAUUUUUUUUAAAUUUAACUGGGUUCAUAAUUUACCUGCAGUUCAUAAUCUAUUCUAAUUACUGUUUUAACAUACUGCAUCAUUAACCAAAUAUAUUAAAUAUCCUUACAAUCCUUAAAUAAAAUUAUUGAGCUUUAAAAUCCAGCUACAUUUAAAGUAAUAUUCAUAGCUUUAAUUACAUUCUAUUGGACCCUUGUGCUGGCCGAGGUUUAACAAAUGCCGUCAUACUGCAGCUUCACAAUGUUCUAUCACUGAGGUCCCAAUCUGCAGUGGUUUACACAGUGAGACUUUACACAGUGCUUUAGUAUGCACACAUGCAAGUGUUGGCUGGCUGAGUGCCUUGCUGCUUUAUUAGUCUCACUUUUCAGGAUAUAUCUUUGUUCUAAUUUGAUAUUGUGCUAGGCAGACAAUUAAUGCUUACAUAGCUUGUCCUGAAUAGGACAGCAGUUUUGAUGCACUGUGCCUCUGAUUCAGACGUCUUAUUUAUCUGGAUACAUUUGUUUCAUGAUCUUUAAAUGAUCAGUUAUAUAUACCUGACUCACCUUAAUAUGCAGUCUUCAAGGAGGGAUGGAAAGGUUUGAAGUCAACAUAUCUUGUGUCAAAAAAAUACAACAAACUCAUAAUAAAGUAAAGAGUACAAUAUUGCAAUUUUUAUCAAGGAACAUAUUUUAAUAUAAAAAAGUCUAACUAUUGAAAUUCCAAUGGCUACAAAGUAUUUUCUACAUGCAUUGCCGUCUCCCUUUUUGCCAGUAUUACUAUAAACCAAAUGCUAUCAACGUGAGAUUAGUAUUUCCUUGUUAAAAAUUAAACAAAAAAAAUAAAAACAUUGGCAGGACUGAGAAACGCACUGUGACUCAGGUAGUGUAUAAUGUACUGUAUUUUAUUAUAAGUUUUGUAUAUAAAUACAAUUGUAAAUUGUACAGAAUUAACCAUUUGACCAAAAUUCUAACAAUGCAUUUUUCUAAUUUACAUAAAUAAAGCUAAUUUUCUUCA